AUGGAGACUAGAGACGCUUUUAUGGAGCGACUCUCGCAGAUGUUUCGAGGCUCGAACCUGCCUAUCUACACCCUUCCAAAAGAGACGGAGGAGUACGAUUUGGAAGGCGUGGAUUGUCCCGCCUGCCCAAUAAAUUCCCACCCGAACAAACUCAAGCGGGACAGUCACCGUUCAGGGUACUACUGUUUUUCUCCUCUUCCGCCUUCCGCUGGCUUGAUGGUGCAUGGGCCGCAUACAUUCUUCUCUGACCCCCCUUCGCCCCUGUGGUGGCCUUUCAUUGCUGGCAACAAAUCUAGCGCCAAAUCUCCCGCCAACCCUGACAAAGCUGUGUCAUACCAUGCCCACACUACUCGCCAGCUCGAAGACCGUCGAAUCGGUAUUGAAGACGCACUCGACGCGAACCUUCAGCGAGCAACUCGCCGACCUGAGAGGGACUCUGUAAGGAACGAGGGGCCCUCGCCCUUGGUCGCGGUGGAUGACGAGGAGAUUAGUACGGAAAACGAGCGUAGUCCAUCGUAUAGCAGCGACCUACAGGAACUUUGGGAGGUGGAAAUCAUGUAUUGGCCUUCAAAGCCUGCUGGUAACUACCUCGCUUGGCCACCUCGGGUCACACGUCGUCCGUACAAGGCUGCCGCCAACGAGAGGUGCUUUGCCGACUUGACAUUCAAUGGGAACCUCGACCUUCAACGUGCCGUUUACGGUACCGAACGCGAUUGGAAUUUCACUUCAUACUACGACAUGGCGCGUUCUGCAUGGAUCACCGACAUGACGAACCCAGACUGGGUCCCCCUGUUCAAGGAUCGUCCUCUACUCCUUCGCCACUUCACUGUGCAAGAUCAUCAAUGCUUGGGUUGGGAAGAUGUGGUUGAAGCUGCUGGCCCUAGGGUGCUCAAGCCGAUUCUGGAUGGCCAAGAGUCAUCGAGCGAGGAUUCAAAUUCGAGGCCUACGAAGCGCCGCCGCAUUUCUUCCACCUGUUCACAAAGUGAAUCCGCAACGUCCUCUCGGCAUAUUCGGACAGGCAGAAGAGAGCACCAGAAGAACGACAGUGGGACCAGUCGAGGGAAACCGAGUUGGUGGAUGACUAUGUCCGCCGGCACAGUCGUCGCUGGCCUGAAGGAGAUAGAAAGACUUAAAGGCGUUGAUGGGAGAGCAACACUACAGCAACGGUUUGAGCGGGCCUUUCCAGGGAAGCGAUUCGCGCUCUCGACUGUGAAGCGGAUGAUCACUGCCCUCAGCCACUUACCCGAGGACGAUAUCGAGCGCUAUUUGAAUGAGGACUCGGAGCGUCCAUGGAGUGAAGUAUACGCACUGGCAAAGUGA